UCCGGGGAGACCAGAUAUAGUGAAUGCAGGGUCCGGGGAGACCAGAUAUAGUGAAUGCAGGGUCCGGGGAGACCAGAUAUAGUGAAUGCAGGGUCCGGGGAGACCAGAUAUAGUGAAUGAAGGGGCCUGGGGAGACCAGAUAUAGUGAAUGCAGGGUCCGGGGAGACCAGAUAUAGCGAAUGCAGGGUCCAGGGAGACCAGAUAUAAUGAAUGCAGGGUCCGGGGAGACCAGAUAUAGUGAAUGCAGGGUCCAGGGAGACCAGAUAUAGUGAAUGCAGGGGUCCGGGGAGACCAGAUAUAGUGAAUGCAGGGUCCGGGGAGACCAGAUAUAGUGAAUGCAGGGUCCGGGGA